CGGGGGCCGGGCUGAGCCGAGCCAAGCUGCGCGAUCCCGGCGCCUUCGCCGCUCUCCUCCCGGCCCCAGCCGGCCCUCGCCGGCAGCGGCGCGUCCUCCAGCGGCGGCAGCGGUGCUCGCAGCGCCGGGGCCUGCAGCAACUGGGCUCAGAUAUAGUGGGGCUGGAGCCACCUCCUCCUUCCCCACUGCCUCCCUUUCCGGACAUCUCAGCAGCCUGAGCCCUGGUUGGCCCCCAGAAUCUUAACAGGAGGAGGAUGGAGCUGGAGUGAGGGCCUCGAGCUGCUGACUGGCGCCAGGGACACUGGUGACACACAGACCACAGAGGCUGGACAACGUUCAUGGCUCUCGGGUAGAGCCCAGCGACACGGCCAGGAUGAAUUCUAUGGACAGGCACAUCCAGCAGACCAACGACCGACUGCAGUGUAUCAAGCAGCAUUUACAGAAUCCCGCCAACUUCCACAAUGCCGCCACGGAGCUGCUGGACUGGUGUGGGGACCCGCGCGCAUUCCAGCGGCCCUUCGAGCAGAGCCUGAUGGGCUGCCUCACGGUGGUCAGUCGGGUGGCAGCCCAGCAAGGCUUUGACCUGGACCUCGGCUACAGACUGCUGGCUGUGUGUGCUGCGAACCGAGACAAGUUCACUCCCAAGUCUGCUGCGCUGCUGUCCUCCUGGUGUGAGGAACUCGGCCGCCUGCUGCUGCUGCGACAUCAGAAGAGCCGCCAGAGCGACCCCCCUGGGAAACUCCCCAUGCAGCCCCCCCUCAAUUCCAUGAGCUCCAUGAAACCCACUCUGUCGCACAGUGAUGGGUCGUUCCCCUAUGACUCUGUCCCUUGGCAGCAGAAUACCAACCAGCCUCCCGGCUCCCUCUCUGUGGUCACCACGGUUUGGGGAGUGACCAACACAUCCCAGAGCCAGGUCCUCGGGAACCCUAUGGCCAAUGCCAACAAUCCUAUGAAUCCAGGCGGCAACCCCAUGGCGUCGGGCAUGACCACCAGCAACCCCGGCCUCAAUUCUCCGCAGUUCGCUGGACAGCAGCAGCAGUUCUCAACCAAGGCUGGCCCAGCGCAGCCCUACAUCCAGCAGGGCAUGUAUGGUCGGCCCAACUACCCUGGCAGCGGGGGCUUCGGGGCCAGUUACCCUGGGGGUCCGAACGCGCCCGCAGGCAUGGGCAUCCCUCCGCACACCAGGCCGCCUGCAGACUUCACUCAGCCUGCAGCCGCCGCCGCAGCAGCUGCAGUAGCAGCAGCGGCAGCCACCGCCACAGCCACAGCCACGGCCACCGUGGCAGCCCUGCAGGAGACGCAGAACAAGGACAUAAACCAGUAUGGACCGGUCUGUUCCUCUUUCCAGAUGGGUCCCACCCAGGCGUAUAACAGCCAAUUCAUGAACCAGCCCGGGCCGAGGGGCCCUGCCUCCAUGGCGGGCAGCAUGAACCCCGCCAACAUGGCGGCUGGCAUGACGCCCUCGGGGAUGAGCGGCCCUCCCAUGGGCAUGAACCAGCCCCGGCCGCCUGGCAUCAGCCCCUUUGGCACACACGGGCAGCGGAUGCCCCAGCAGACUUACCCGGGCCCCCGGCCCCAGUCCCUUCCUAUCCAGAGCAUAAAGAGGCCGUACCCGGGAGAGCCCAGCUAUGGAAACCAGCAAUACGGACCAAACAGCCAGUUCCCCACCCAGCCAGGCCAGUACCCCACCCCGAACCCCCCAAGGCCGCUCACAUCUCCAAACUAUCCCGGGCAAAGGAUGCCAAGCCAACCCAGCACCGGGCAGUACCCGCCCCCCACGGUCAACAUGGGGCAGUAUUACAAGCCAGAGCAGUUUAAUGGACAAAGCAACACCUUCUCGGGCAGCAGCUACAGCAACUACAGCCAGGGCGGUGUCAACAGGCCUCCCAGGCCGGUUCCUGUGGCCAAUUACCCCCACUCACCUGUUCCAGGGAACCCCACGCCUCCCAUGACCCCUGGGAGCAGCAUCCCCCCCUACCUGUCCCCCAGCCAAGAUGUCAAACCACCCUUCCCGCCCGACAUCAAGCCAAAUAUGAGCGCUCUGCCACCACCCCCAGCCAACCACAAUGACGAGCUGAGGCUCACAUUCCCCGUGCGGGAUGGCGUGGUGCUGGAGCCCUUCCGCCUGGAGCACAACUUGGCCGUCAGCAACCACGUGUUUCAUCUGCGGCCCACGGUGCACCAGACACUGAUGUGGAGGUCUGACCUGGAGCUGCAGUUCAAGUGCUAUCACCAUGAGGACCGGCAGAUGAACACCAAUUGGCCGGCCUCGGUGCAGGUCAGCGUCAAUGCGACGCCCCUCACCAUCGAGCGCGGGGACAACAAGACCUCCCACAAGCCGCUGCACCUCAAGCACGUGUGCCAGCCGGGCCGCAACACCAUCCAGAUCACGGUUACUGCCUGCUGCUGCUCACACUUGUUCGUGCUGCAGCUGGUGCACCGGCCCUCUGUGCGCUCGGUGCUGCAGGGCCUGCUGAAGAAGCGCCUCCUGCCGGCAGAGCACUGCAUCACAAAAAUCAAGCGGAACUUCAGCAGCGUGGCAGCCUCGUCGGGCAACACAACCCUGAACGGGGAGGAUGGCGUGGAGCAGACGGCCAUCAAGGUGUCCCUGAAGUGCCCCAUCACAUUCCGGCGUAUCCAGCUGCCUGCUCGAGGCCAUGAUUGCAAGCAUGUCCAGUGCUUUGACCUGGAGUCGUACUUGCAGCUGAAUUGCGAGAGAGGGACCUGGAGGUGUCCUGUGUGCAAUAAAACUGCUCUGCUGGAGGGGCUGGAGGUAGAUCAGUACAUGUGGGGGAUCCUGAACGCCAUCCAACACUCCGAGUUUGAAGAGGUCACCAUCGACCCCACAUGCAGCUGGCGGCCAGUGCCCAUCAAGUCGGACCUGCACAUCAAGGAUGACCCUGAUGGCAUCCCCUCCAAGCGGUUCAAGACCAUGAGCCCCAGCCAGAUGAUCAUGCCCAACGUCAUGGAGAUGAUUGCAGCCCUGGGCCCCGGCCCAUCCCCGUACCCGCUCCCGCCUCCCCCCGGGGGCACGAACUCCAGUGACUACAGCAGCCAAGGCAACAACUACCAGGGCCAUGGCAACUUUGACUUCCCCCAUGGGAACCCCAGCGGGACGUCCAUGAAUGACUUCAUGCACGGGCCUCCCCAGCUCUCCCACCCCCCAGACAUGCCCAACACCAUGGCCGCCCUCGAGAAGCCCCUCAGUCACCCCAUGCAGGAAACUAUGCCCCACGCUGGCAGUUCUGACCAGCCCCAUCCCUCCAUACAACAAGGUUUGCACGUACCACACCCCAGCAGCCAGUCAGGGCCUCCAUUACAUCACAGUGGGGCUCCUCCUCCUCCUCCUCCUCCUCCUUCCCAGCCUCCCCGGCAGCCGCCACAGGCCGCUCCCAGCAACCAUCCACACAGCGACCUGACCUUUAACCCCUCCUCAGCCUUAGAGGGUCAGGCCGGAGCGCAGGGAGCGUCCGACAUGCCGGAGCCUUCACUGGAUCUCCUGCCAGAACUCACCAAUCCUGAUGAGCUCCUUUCCUACCUGGACCCCCCUGACCUUCCGAGCAAUAGCAAUGACGACCUCCUAUCUCUCUUUGAGAACAACUGAAAGCACCCCCAUCAGCGUCAUCCCUCCUACUCUGUCUCCUGCCCUGUCUGCCCCCCACACUUGCCCCCUGGGAGCCUGCGCCUCAGGCCGCCCCUCUCCGGGACCACAGGCUGGGCGUGGCUGGGGAAGGCUGUGUGGGACCGCAGCCAGCGCCCCCCUGAACACCCUGGGCCAGGGCUCACGGCCAGAGCAGGCCCUGAAGACGACCCGCUGAGGGGGCACAGCCCAGCGAGAGGUAGCUGACAUUUUGGUGCCCCCAAGGUUCUUCCAUUUUCUAAAUUGGAGCCCUGCUCCCUGCUUCCUGGCCCAGAGCCUCCUUCAAGUGACAAGCCUGAGAGAGGGACCUUGGAGGAGCAGUGACAGUUGGCUGCAGUGAGACUGGCUGCCCACCACAGAAAAGCACAAACCCCUGGGAAGGAAAGAGAAAUCUCUGGGCCAAGGGCUGUGGCUCUGGCCCCCAACCUCUAAGCCAAGAGAUGCCCUGUGAACGCUCCCUCAGAAGGCAGAGAGAGGACACGGUUCUGUAUCUGAGGGAGGGGCUGCCAUUCCUGCUGGGGACUGGUGGGAAAGGGGGGUCAUUGAAGGGCUCUGGCUCAGGAAACCCAGAGCAGGGCCCAGCCUUGAGGGGCAGAGAGAGUGUGCAUGUGCAUCCAGCUAGAGUGAUUGUACCCUGGGCUGGGGACCAUGGGGGAUGUCACCAGACACUCACAACUUCACCCCAGGCCACUUGGUAUUUGGUGACAGCUCUGGAGGACAGGAACGUCGCACUUGGACAGCAAGCAAUCAGUUUCCCUUCCUGCAUUGUUUCCCACCACCCACCCACUCUGCAAGACUUUCAUGGGACAUCCGUUCCCCUCCAUGUCCUCUGUCCUGCUGGGUGGCCGCAGUGCAGCAGAGAGGCAGGGCCAGCACAGGACAUGAGGCGUUGGUGGCAGAAGGAGCUCGGCACCCCCCCGUCUCUCCAGCCUCCCUGCCUGCCCAUCUGUGCUCACUGUUGCAUGCACCGCAGUGUUCCUGUGGCCACUCCCAGUGUCCCUGUGGCACCAGCCUCCCCCUCCUGAGCUCGCUUCACAAGAGCGAGCGGCCUCUGGUCUUCCUCCACUGCUUAACUCCAUGCACUUCGGGGUCCCCAGGGAGCUGGUCCGUGUCCCCUGAGCCUCGGCCUGUAGUGAUGCUAGGUUGUCCGGUCACUUGGGUCCCAUCUGUAAGUUCUUUGCGCCCUUCCCUGCUGCCACCGCCCAGGGCUCUCUCCUUGCUGCCGUCCACUGUCGGUGUCCUCAGUCACCGUCACUCUCCCAUCUCCCUCUGUAUGGUGGGUGGUCCCCGGCACUCUUCUGUGGAUCAAACCAGAAAGGUGGCCCCAGCUGUUGACUUGCAGUCACCGUACCAAGCGGCACAAGGUUUUCUGUAGGAGAGCUGCCAUCACCCCGCCCCUUCUCUUCCUUUGUCCCUGUUGUCGUGGAGGUUUUUUCAAACAGUGUGUUGUUCAGUAUGCAAAUCACUUAUUUUAAGAAUCGCUUUUGUAAAUAUCUUUGUGAAUAUUUUAGUAUUGUCUUUGAUAAUAUUCGACAUUUUCAUGACCUGGUUAUAGCCUUUGCUGGUGUUUUUAAAAUACCUUGACUCAACAACAAAAACCGAGUCCUUUUUUUUAAAAAAACAAAAACAAAAAAAAGCAACCAGGGCUAUUUGUACAGAUGAGGGGCGAACAGAAUGAGUGGCUUCAUUGGAAGUUGGAAGACCAGGCAGCCCACUGUUGAGAGCCAUCCCCAAAUCAGCUGGUGGCUGUCCCUGCCCAGUGCCUGUGGCCUGGCAGGUGGCCACCCUCUGUUUCCGACCAUCUGGAAUGUUCAGCUGUAGACAAACUGACAAAUGCCUUCUUUAGCAGCUCCUGCUUCCUGCCAUGAGACUGCCCCAGAAAGACCUGGGGUCCCUGCUGGGUCUUGUCACAGUGUGCCCAGAUCCUGCUCCCAGGCCUAUCCUCAGCUUUCCAGUGCAGAGGUUCUAGCCGCUCACAGUAGUCCAGACUCCAGGCACCUCGCUGCCAUCUCUGGGCUGGCACCUGAGGCUGGUUGCUUGGGUUCCCUCUCAAGCAAGCCUCCACCAGCAAGCUCAUUACAGAGCUUCCCUUCCAGCCGGCUCCAAUCCAUGGUGCCUGCAGCCCUUGCUCUGGGACCAGAAUGACAGGUGCUCAGCCAGGGUGUAAGGGACAGGCAGCAAUCACUGAGGGCUAACUGGUCCCUGGGCAGUCACAGGUGCAGGUCAAGGCAGCAACAUGGGCAGAGGCAGGCCCGAGCUCUGGAAAGAUCCUUCCCUGAUGUUUUCAGACAACGACUUGCAGCCAUAAAUGACCUCCGCAAAAACGAGGCCUCAGCAAGCCACCUUCCCAUGACAAGCAUCAGCCCACCCAUGGCACGAUUCUGCCGCCACUCCACAAGACAGACUGAGAGCCAGCGGGCAGGCGGAAGGGCCUGGAACAGGCAAUCACCCCCAUCUCCUUGGUUUGAAGCUUUACCAUGUUCCCUGUAGCCAUUUUAUUUUUUAAGAAACUUCUAAUACUUUCUCUCUGAUGGAAGCCCUAACCCCCAGAGAGCUACAAGUCUGCUCCCAAUGGGCCUUGGGCCCAACUGGUCCAGACAGGGCAGGUGAGCAGCAGCGACUCAAGGGACGUGUGUACAUAUGUAAAUGAGAAAUAGACCUGUCAACAAAUGCAUUCAUUUCUCUCGGAAUGUGUAUUGUUUUUAUUUUACGAAAUAAAACAAAAAAAAUGGCUUGGAACUCCAUUUUAACGUGGAAAAACUAGAUCCUGUUUGUUAGCGUUUGUGAGUUUUCCACCUCUGUCUCACUCAUGUAAUAUACUCUGACCUGUGUGGAAAGGCAGUUCUGUUCUGUUUUUAUUUUACCUACAUGUACUAUUUAGCUUCAGUGUACUUAGUCCUACCACCUGUGUAUUUUUAGGGUGCUAUGGAAAUAAUGAAAAGAAACGGGGAUUUCAGAAGACAAUUGUAACCAAAUUCAUACUUUGUAUAAUUUUUGAUAUCAUGAUCGCAGGUGAUUCACACAUAUCCACAUCCACACACCCACCAGUGCAGCCUGAAGUGAUUCCCACAGACCAUCAUUGUCUUUGUACAUCAUAUGUACAAUGCAAAAAUCAUUUCAUACUUUAAACUGCUCAGAAAACUAAUUGUGAUUUCUAGUCUUGCAAAGCUGUAUGUAGUUAGAUGAUGUGACAACCUCUAAUAUUUAUCUAAUAAAUAUGUAUUCAGAUGAAACCUGUAUAUUAGGUGUUCAUGUGGUUAUUUUGUAUUUAAAGAUCAAAUUAUUUGACUAUUGCUAGACAUUUCUAUACUCUUGUAACACUGAGGUAUCUCAUUUGCCCAUGUUAAUUUUUUUCUAAAUAAAUGGACAAAAAUGAA